AUGUGGCCUUUUGUUUUGGUGUAUUUGGCCAUAGUCAAAGGACAAUUCCGGAGUGACGGUGUUCAGUCCUUGGCCGCGACCUUCUUUACCCCAAAUACCUUGCUCUAUAUCCUCCGUAUAUUAUCCUUGAUACCCUUUUGCAUGAUACCAACAUGAGCAUGCCAACUUAUGGUCGAAGCCGGCAAUCUAUCGCCAACCUCGAGCAGGAACUUCACGACGUGUUCUCUGACCAUCCUGACGCGACAUUCAACGAUGAAAACGAGCCUAUCAUUCCUGCUGGCGCCCUCGUUGAUGUUUUGCGCACAUUCUCUAUCAAUCACGAUGCAAAACUUAUGACCCCAAACGAGGAAGAACAACUCGUCAAUCUACUCAAGACAACUCCUGGGCUCGAUGUUACUCCCCAAAUUCUUCUUCAGUUUGUAGCUAUGCGAGCUGCCGAGGGCACGAAAACUAGUCCGGCGGCCUCCCCCUCACCUGACGAGUCCUCGGAAUUUGAAGAGCAACAAAGGGGCAGGUCUCAGGAGCUGAGUACCUAUGAGGAACGCAGUGAUUCGCGUUCAUCUAGUGUGGACUCAACUGGGACAUCUGUUUGGCACCCUGGAAGUCGUCCUGGCAGUCGACCUCCUAGUCGUUCUUCCUCCCGUGGUCCCCCUGUUCCUCCGAAGACUCCCACCAACGCAGACACGCCAUUCGACGUCUCGAGUCGACAGCGAACAACACCUCUAAAAACUGCUGUACCAUCAAGUUGGGUUAGGCCACGUCCGGCGCGUCGAAAGAGCGAUGCUGGGAGUGGCCUAAGUGACUCGGAGUCCAUAUCCUCCCCGCCUGUAGCCUUUAAACUCGCAGGCGGCCGCGUCCGUGCGCCCUCGAAUCCAACUAGUCCUUCCACCUCCUUCAGCAGUUUCUCUCCACCAUCCAGGCCACCUUCCCGACCACAUUCGCGAACACAAUCUCAACCACAUAACCCCUUUGCGACAUUUAGCUCUCCUGAACCCGACUACGACUACGAUUACGACCAAACGAUCUCCAGUUCAUCCAUGGCAUCAACCGGGAGGAGUAAUAGUCAGAACGGUAUGAUCUCGCCACCGCCGGAAGACGAUUCGUUUGAUGGGAGCGACGACGAGAACUUUGCUGAUCGGAUUUCUUCACUACCCAUGCCCACGAAAUCUGAAUCUGACUCAGAUGAAGAUGAAGAAGACGCCAUUCGGUCCUCUCUGUUGGGUUUAGUCAUGAGUCGAAGUGCAGCAAGUUCAACCAUCUCACUCGAUCUUCAGGAAAGAGUGGAUGCACUGCAGAAGACAAACAUGGACUUGGGUAAGAAGUUAGUGGAGGCGGAGAAUACCUUGCAAGUGCGGUUAAGUGAUCACGAAAUGGAACUGGAAGAACUGCAUUCGAAGCUGGAAGCGGCAAAGCAUGAACUGAAUGCCACCAAGAGAGAAGAGAAGGAGUUGCGUGCAAAGGAGCGAACCAACUCGACCCAAAUUUCGGCGCUCGAGUCGGAGAUUGCGAAGUUGCAGAAGAGUUUGGAGAACGCUCGGGCAUCGUACCAGAGCCUGCAGAAGCAAUACCAGGAGCAAUGUCACGAGUCUGAACGAUACCGUGAUCUUCUCCGUAGGCGAGAUGAAGAAAUCAAGGCAGUUCGCGAACAGUCAGACUUCAACGGUCUCGAAGUGCAGAAACUCACUAGUGUCGCUGCCACGUAUGAAGCCCAGAUUGAGUCGCUCCACCAGGAGCUCGAACUCGCCCAACAAGCGGUCUCAGCACUAGACGAGCAGAAGCAAGAGAACUUGCUGCUCAAGGAGACCAUUGAUCGAAUGAGAUAUGAUAUGGACGAGAUGCGGAACAGCUCGACUGGACAUGGUCCGGGAAGUGGUUCGGCAAGUAUAAGAGGUAGUGUAAGUAAGAGCUUGGGUGCAGAGUUGAUGGGAAGUAUGCAGUGGCCACCGGAGCAGCGUCCAGAUUGGGCUGCGAGUGAGGUUGAAGAUGAGGAGGACAUAGUUGCUGGUGGCGAUCAGGAUGAUGAGGAUGACGUGGAGGAGAUUUUGGGUGAGGAAAAUGAAACCGAGAGCGAGGAUGUCGUUCAGACUAUCAUUACUCGGACCAAGAGGAGAGUUGGCACUAGGGGAAGACGUGUAGAGACUGUCAACAUCGAAGAAGUUAAGGAGUACUCGGAUGCGACUACCCAACACGACAUAUCUGAGUUCAACCACUCGAUGAACAUUCAAACGGACCCGGAGCCGAAAGUUAUCACGAAAUCGUUCAGCGUCCAAACCGAGGAGCGUCUUGUUACCUCCAUAAUUAUCCAAACGGACCCGGAACAUGUUCCCGAGCCGAUUAUCAGGACCGAUGUGGACAUUCAGACUGACGCUCCUGAACCGGAGCCUGAGCUUGAAGCUGAAUCGUCUUCUACUCAAAUUGAGACUGAAACUGAAGAUGAAACACUUGCUUCCUCUUCUUCUACAUUACUUCCGCCAACUCCAAAGGCUCACACUCUCGACCAUCCCCACCCCCAUGACCUCCCUCCCGCGUAUAACCAAGUCACAGGUCAGGAUCAAGACGAACUCGCCGUUCGUGUUGCCAACGAGACCCUCAAGAAAUGGCACAAAGGCUUGCAGCUGCCCAUUGAGCCAGUCGCUGGUGGUAUCUCAGAAGACGCGAUUGAAGAGUGGAAGGCCCUGAAGGAAGAGCUCGGCAUUGAAUGCGGUGCUAUCGACAAGAUCGUCGAAGAAUCCGCACGUACAGGUUUACCUCGGCCCUCAAAGGACGGCCGUCCGCGCAAUCGUCGCAGCAAGUUCUACAAUAUCUACAACACCUACGUCUAUGGUAGUGGAGAGAAAGAUGGUCCUUCGUCAGUGCUUUCCAGCGGCCAGUUCCUCUUCGUGCUCGGCGCCUCCGCUGCUGUUGCGUUCAUUGUCGGUCAUACAGUAGCUGCUGUACCUCAAUAUUCCAUUCCCGGAGGCGUGACGUACUAUGAUCGUGCCGCUUGGGCGAGUUACAACACGUUGCAAGCGGCUGGUGAGGGGUUCCCUGGUGAUAGUACUUCUGCAGUCUGGGGAUUCCUUGGUCGACUUGGUGGAGAGGCCGCAAGGUCGUUGCGCGGCUGGCCGACGUAGAGUCGAAACCUACGUUCUUGGGAAGUUCGUACACCUGGAGGACGAUGACGAUGAGCUGGCGGUGGUAUCCAUCGCUGUUCAUAUGUGACAUACAAUAUGUGCAUAUAUGCUUCGUAUUUAUUCUGGAUAUCAUUAUGGGCUAUCGCCGCCACUCACGCUCCUUCCGAUCCCACUGCUCUUCACUCGUUCUAUGCCUAUUUCUUAUCAUCUUCCUGCAUGCAUUUUCUUUCAUGCUACCAUAUAAUGAUCACCAUGACUUAUUCCCUCGCAUACAUACCCGUUGCAUUCCACUUACUCAGUGAACCAUGCUUAUUAUCUUCACGGUCUUUUCAUGUCCAAACAUUCAAAGUUCACAACACCCGCUGUCUGCCAUUCUUGUCGCAUUAUUUGCCUUUUUGAAGGGUACUUAUCUUGGGGUCGUUAGGGGCUCGUAGAAAAUCAAGGUUACUAGAAUACAAACACAUGUAACUUAUAACACUCAGCAUAAGCACUUUACUCUUUCUUGCACGGCAGCUGUCCGUGCAAAAACUAAUUCUAUAUUUCCAGACUACGAUGACAUUGCUACAGCAGGGUGGGGGUGGGGGUGAGGGUCGGCCUGAGCCUGAUUGAUGAGAAUAGUGGGAAUGUAAGAAAAAAAGAUGUAGAGUGGUGAGAUGAGUAGGCGCAAAUACGGUAAGGGGAGAGAAAAAGGCAAGGUAGAAGUAUAGAAUAUAGGGUAACCUGAUGGUGCGGUGGGUGGAUGGAUGGAAGAUGGGAAGGUGAACGAAGGAAUCCGAACGUGGCUGUUGUACAACAAAAUGGUGAAGAGAAAUGGAACUUCUAUGAGUGAAGGAGGCAAGCAGGAGGAUGAGGAUGAUGAUGAGGGAUAGAGGGAAUGCGAUAAGGGAUGCGAUGAGGGGAGUCAGUCCGGGAGGUUCUCUAUGUAAGAAAAAAGAACAUGACAUCAUGAGGCGCGAUGAAGCUGAAGGACGGAGAAGGAAGUAGAAGUAGAAGAAAAAACAAUAAAUCAACGCAUGAGACCGUCCUUUUUUCCAGAUCGAAUGAUUGGCCCGCGAUAGAUAGACGAACGCAAGGCCUCGCUAUGAACAAACCACUGUCCGC